AUGAUUUCAGAUCGAAACGCGACGAGUUUUCGCGACAUCUCGCGAGACGCGUUCCUCUCGCUUAAAGGAUCGCCGAUUGAGGCGCGCCUUCCGCCGUAUUCGAUUGAGGAUGAGCCGCCGGAUCGACCGCCACCGCCGCCGCAUCCGAUUCGACACCAUCAUCAAAAAUCGAAGAGCUAUGAAGGAGGACAUAAACGCGAGAAGGUGCUCAAUGGACGCAAUCAGGCGUUGCUCUAUCUCGCCGAUCCGAACGGACUCCGAAUGACGCAGAAGUGCGACGGGCAGAAGUUCAAGCAGCGCGUUCGCGUCGACGGUUGCCUCACAAAAGUGGUGGUGAAUCGAUUAUGCCACGGCACGUGCGCCAGCUAUUUCAUUCCGCGAAUGCAUCCAAAGAAGCUGAAAGCGGCGUUCAAGAGCUGCGCGACGUGCGCGCCUUCCGAAUACGAUCUCGUCGAUAUCAAAUUGGAUUGUCCCGGACAAAACCCGCCGACAGCGACGAGGACAAUAGUCAAAGUGAAAAGCUGUAAAUGCCGCGAAGUGAGUAUAUCAAGUGUAUACGAUUAG